UGAUGACGUGCCCCCUGAGGCGGAGGCGCGCUGCUGGAACUGAACGUCACAAGUCGGGGGCGCGCCGGCGGAGGCGGGAGCGCGGGGCCUGAACCAUGGCUGCGGACUGGGACGAGAUCCGGCGGCUGGCAGCGGACUUCCAGAGAGCGCAGUUCGCGAGCACCGUACAGAGGUUGUCUGAACGAAACUGUGUUGAAAUCGUUGCAAAAUUGAUAGCAGAGAAGCAGCUUGAUGUGGUACAUACGUUGGAUGGUAAGGAGUAUAUCACUCCUGCUCAAAUUGCCAGAGAGAUACGGGAUGAGCUUUACAUUAAUGGAGGUAGGAUAAAUAUCGUAGAUCUGCAGCAUAUUCUUAAUGUGGAUCUAACUCACAUUGAAAGCAAAGCAAGUGACAUUGCUAAAUCAGACAGCAGCAUCCAAUUCGUCUUGGGCCAGCUGAUCGAUGAAACCUACCUGGAUCAAAUGGCUGAAGAAGUAAAUGACCGACUACAAGAAGCUGGGCAGGUGACUAUAGCGGAGCUGUGUAAAUUGUAUGACCUUCCAGCUGACUUUUUAACAGAGCCCUUACUACCCACUUCAUUUUCUGAGGAAGAUGCAUCCAUUUUGCUCCAGCAAGUGAUGAGGACCAUGCAGAAACAUUCUGCUUCCAGGACUUUUGGGGACACUAUUGUUGUCAGUGAGCAGUUCAUUAGCAGCUGUGUGUCUUUGUUUGAGCAGAUGAUGCAGCACAAGGCUGAAAAGGAAGUACAGAAUAACCAUGCCCAUGUGUUAACAGAGGAGGACCUAAAGCAGGCUGCUAUUAUAGCAGAAAGUAUGAUUUGUGUUAAAAAGGACAAGCGAGAGGACCGGAAGAAGAAGGCAUUAGAAGGUGCUGGAAGUAUCCGAGCAGGAGGUGGUGGUAAUGCUCGAGAGAUCAGGACCAGAAAAACCAAGAAGAAGGGAAAGCGAGAUGAAGAUAGUGAUGAAGAGAUGUCAACUACAAGUAAACAGAAACAAAAGGAGAUCAUUUUCAUGGCACAAGAAGAAAUUGAAGACAUUUUAAGGAAUCGUCUUGAAGACUGUCCAGAGGAAAUGAUAUGUGAACUUGCAGAACAUUUGAUGAGACCUUUAAGUAAAAGCUAUCAGGAGGUGUUGCAUUCAGUGUUCAUGUCCACUGCCACCUCUGCAGCAGGAGCCAAUAGAAAAAAGACUGUAAAAGAACUGCAGGAGGAGGUAUCGAACUUUCAUAACAACAUAAGAUUAUUUGAGAAAGGAGCCAAACUCUUUCCAGAUGACACACACGUUCAACUAGGAAAGCAUUUAUUGAAGACAAUAUGCACCGAUAUUUCAAAUCUUCUUUUCAACUUCUUGGCUGGGGACUUGAUGAUGGCAGUGGAAACAUACACUACAAUAACCGCUGAGCUCAGAUUGAAAAUCUUGGCAAAACUGCCUGAGGAAACCAGAGGUCCUCUCUCAAAGCUCCAUAACGCACUGAGUGGCAAAAAUAUAGAAGAAUUCCUUACCAUAUUGGAUGGUGUGGCAGAAGUCUGUGGAAUUAUGCUCAAAAAGGGAGAUAAAAAGAAAGAAAGACAAGUCAUUUUCCAGCACAGACAGGCAUUACUUGAACAAGUCAAGGCCACUGAGGAGCCGGCACUAGUUUUGCAUCUGACAUCAGUCCUGCUCUUUCAGCUGUCAACACACAACAUGCUUCAUGCACCUGGCAGAUGUGUGCCACAGAUUAUCACAUUCCUCAUGACCAAGAUUCCAGAGGAUCAGUACAAGCUCCUCCUGAAGUACCAAGGCCUAGUAGUGAAACAACUUGUAGGUCAGCAGAAAAAAGGAGGCCAGGCAGAUGAUGACCCUGGUGAAUGCAACAGCAUUGAGAAGGAGAGUGAAUAUGAUGUAGAGACUGUUCGAAAGGAGCUGCAAGAAUUAACACCAUUCGUCAAAGAUCUUGUUCUGAAAUCCAGAAAAACCUCCCUGACUGAAGAGUGAAGUAAUUUGAAAUGGAAUUUUGUGGAAUGAUCCACACUUAAGCAACAUUUGCAUUAAACAGUUAUAGUUACACAUUUAAAGAUUUCACCUGUAUCAGAAACAUGGGAUAAGCUGCGGAGCUGGAUUAGAUUUAAUUGAUUACCUUUGUAACGCAAAAGGUAUUGAUUAAUUUUAUUAAAAUGAUUGCAUCUA